AUGUCGUCUGAUACCUCGCCCCUGGGUGAUCGGCCAAUGAGGCGGCGCUCGGUGACAUCUCCAAGGACUCCCUUCACACCCUUUUCACCAGCGUUAAAGUUUAGAUCUCCUGUCAUUCCUACUAUAGAAGACCCUUUGCCCAUAAAGCAUGAUGAAGGCUCGAAGAUAAGGAGGGCACCUUUGAUUGUUCUCGGCCAACGGAUCAAAUAUUCUCGGACAGCUGGAAAAUCUCCCGGCUUUAAUCUCUACGGCGAAUCUGCUCCCAAUGGACUCGCCUGCCCCUCGUGUCUUUGGCGCCGUCGAUCCAUGUUCUUCAAGUAUACCGCUAUAUCUCUUUUCGCCCUUUGUACCAUAACAAUUUGGGUAGUUACAUGGCACGUUGUUCGUAAUUCAUCUGUCUCACCUCCAGGACCGAUCGAACAUCUCGAUAGUCCGUUCCAAACAACCUUCCCGAGCAAUUCGCCGUCUGCUUUGUCGAACCUUGACUAUUUAGGUGCCGUUCCCCUUCGAACCCAGUCCCUAGGAGAGUUACUUGCUCCAGCCACCGCACCAUCGCCUAGCACCAUUUCAAUAUUUGCACUGUGUCCCAAUGAUGAUUUUCCGGCACGAAUGUCGGACUUGCUAUUGAGGAUUAAUGCUGGAUUUACUUUUUCGACGCUACAUUCCAUCACCUUUAUCUGCUUACGUUCCCAGGCCCGAGAAGCAGCACUGUUCCUGGAUGAGCAUGGCUCUGAUGACUUGCCGGUCUUCGUGGUGCACAAUGGUACUACUGAGGCGACCUUGGAAAUGAACCUUAUCCACAUGGCUGCCCAAAGUCUAGCCGAUUGGGUCCUUCUCAUUGACGAAGACGGAGUCGCAGAUAUCUCUCUUGAAACUUGGAGGCUGCUUCAUCCCCUGGAUCAGGUGGUGGUUCCUUUCGGGGUUCGCGGGGUUACCCUCACCCCGUCGAACGCGUUGUGUAUCUCUCCUCACCCCAGCAGUUCCGGUGGACCUGUGUCUACCGCGUUUCUUAUUCCCCCAUUUUUCAUUCGAACAGAAGUGCUCCGGAACUCUGAGCAUGCGCUUUUUCUGGACGAGGCUAUUGGGAUCUGGGCAAACCUAGGGCGGCGCAUCUCAUCCUUGCCUGGAACAAAUGGGGUAGGGGGUCUCGUGGCUGGACCAGGCCACGGUAAAUCGAGCGACUGGUGCAGUCGGGCCCUUCAGCAGGUUGUGCCGUCAACUGAGGUGGAUUUUAACUCGAACAUAAAGACACAUAGACAGGGUCUGGAUGCACUGCGUCAUGCAUUCCACAAAGCUACGAGGGAAAAUGGAGAUCGAGCAGGGACUUUUGUUGUAGCUCUUCCAAGUCUGAGCGAAUUGCGGCAAUUUUUACCGACUUUGUGUCGCCUCGGACUCUACGGUAAUUCACUGCGAAUCUUCCUCUACUCUGCACAAGAUGGAUCCCGAUCUGCGUACUACCAAUCUUCUGAUUGUCAUCUGCACUAUGAUGUCAUAGGGGAUGUCAGCUCUGCUCAAGCAGAAAGUGAUUCUGUCGAAAACUGGUUAAGCAGGAACGGACUUGGAGUGAACGUCGUUAUCACGGCCGCCGGAAAUAAGUGUUUGGAUCGUGCCCUUCCCUACGCUCUGGAUCGCUACCUUGACAGACUUAAUCAGAAUCAGACCCGACCGACUUUGAUCAGGAUACCUCGAGAUCACUUGAAAUAUCUGGUGUGGACCAGCACCUUGUCAGUCACUCAGUGGCAAAGUACAUCCUUCUUUGUGAAACAUACCCUCGCUGAAAUUCGCAUAGACUGGCAUAUUCCGAAGCUUGAAUUGGUCGUCAUCACCAACAAUCGGCCAAAGUCACUCCGACGGCUGUUUGAAUCCUUGCAGAGGGCAGUGUUCUUCGGCGAUCGGCUACACCUCUAUAUAAACGUCGAACAGACAGCCGAUGAAGAGACCAUGGCCUUUGUACGCUCGCUUGAGUGGGACUAUGGGAAUCUACACAUUCGUCAUAGAGUGAUCCUUGGUGGUUUGCUGCCCGCCGUGGUAGAGUCGUGGUAUCCUUCCAGCAACGACUCUUAUGGGUUGAUAUUGGAAGAUGACGUGGAGCUAUCUCCUGCUUUCUACGCUUGGGCAAAGAUGAACAUGCUUCAGUAUCGGUACGGAGCUGAGGUGAACAGAUCUCCUCGACUAUUUGGGAUUAGCCUGUAUCAACAGAAGACGAUCGAGUUACGCCCAGAAGGUAGACGUCCCUUCAACGCCACGCACCUCUUUCAUUCCUCCGGUAUUCGUCACGCUUCUACCCCAUAUCUCUCUCAGGUCCCUUGUAGCUGGGGAGCCAUUUAUUUCCCCGAGGUUUGGCGUGAGUUCCACGAGUACCUUAUCGAUCGCCUCUCUGAGCGUAUCUUUGAUAUUGAGACUUUGGUUGUCCCAGACAGCCGUUCGAACAAGUGGACCAAAUCCUGGAAAAAGUUCUUCAUCGAAUUAGUAUUCUUGCGUGGAUAUCUCAUGCUAUAUCCGAACUACCCUAAUUUUACUUCCUUUUCGACAAAUCACCUGGAGGCAGGGACCCAUGUACGACGUGAUGCUGUCAUGGAUAGUGGCUUCGCAGCGAAGAAAGCCGCGUUCGAACUCCCACUAAUGCCGCUCACUUCGAUGAGCAUUCUUGAGCCCUCUUUAUUUGGCCUCCCCAAUGGGAGGGUCCCUCGAUGGGAAGAACUCCCUGUCGUAGAUUUGUGGGGGGCAUUGCAACAAGAACGUACCUUAGUGGCCAUCGGGUUCGCCCGACACACGGAAUUGGUGGCGGACAAAUGCGCAGUUUCCAACGAGUCUCUUGAAUGGGACGGGCCAACGGGAUCUGCGUCAUGUACUGUUCGGCCGACCUAA